AUGGAACACGACGUCACCCUGGAGGUGUACAUGGCUGGUGGUGCGGGUACGGACGCCACCCUGGAGGUGUACAUGGCUGGUGGUGCGGGUACGGACGCCACCCUGGAGGUGUACAUGGCUGGUGGUGCGGGUACGGACGCCACCCUGGAGGUGCACAUGGCUGGUGGUGCGGGUACGGACGCCACCCUGGAGGUGUACAUGGCUGGUGGUGCGGGUACGGACGUCACCCUGGAGGUGUACAUGGCUGGUGGUGCGGGUACGGACGCCACCCUGGAGGUGCACAUGGCUGGUGGUGCGGGUACGGACGCCACCCUGGAGGUGUACAUGGCUGGUGGUGCGGGUACGGACGUCACCCUGGAGGUGUACAUGGCUGGUGGUGCGGGUACGGACGCCACCCUGGAGGUGCACAUGGCUGGUGGUGCGGGUACGGACGCCACCCUGGAGGUGUACAUGGCUGGUGGUGCGGGUACGGACGCCACCCUGGAGGUGCACAUGGCUGGUGGUGCGGGUACGGACGCCACCCUGGAGGUGUACAUGGCUGGUGGUGCGGGUACGGACGCCACCCUGGAGGUGUACAUGGCUGGUGGUGCGGGUACGGACGCCACCCUGGAGGUGCACAUGGCUGGUGGUGCGGGUACGGACGUCACCCUGGAGGUGUACAUGGCUGGUGGUGCGGGUACGGACGCCACCCUGGAGGUGCACAUGGCUGGUGGUGCGGGUACGGACGCCACCCUGGAGGUGCACAUGGCUGGUGGUGCGGGUACGGACGCCACCCUGGAGGUGUACAUGGCUGGUGGUGCGGGUACGGACGUCACCCUGGAGGUGUACAUGGCUGGUGGUGCGGGUACGGACGCCACCCUGGAGGUGCACAUGGCUGGUGGUGCGGGUACGGACGCCACCCUGGAGGUGCACAUGGCUGGUGGUGCGGGUACGGACGUCACCCUGGAGGUGUACAUGGCUGGUGGUGCGGGUACGGACGCCACCCUGGAGGUGCACAUGGCUGGUGGUGCGGGUACGGACGCCACCCUGGAGGUGUACAUGGCUGGUGGUGCGGGUACGGACGUCACCCUGGAGGUGUACAUGGCUGGUGGUGCUGUAACACCACUCUCUUGUAACACCACCCUAAAAUGUACCACUAUAAUGGAACACGACGUCACCCUGGAGGUGUACAUGGCUGGUGGUGCGGGUACGGACGCCACCCUGGAGGUGUACAUGGCUGGUGGUGCGGGUACGGAGGCCACCCUGGAGGUGCACAUGGCUGGUGGUGCGGGUACGGACGCCACCCUGGAGGUGUACAUGGCUGGUGGUGCGGGUACGGAGGCCACCCUGGAGGUGCACAUGGCUGGUGGUGCGGGUACGGACGCCACCCUGGAGGUGUACAUGGCUGGUGGUGCGGGUACAGACGCCACCCUGGAGGUGCACAUGGCUGGUGGUGCGGGUACGGACGCCACCCUGGAGGUGCACAUGUAG